AUGGAUGCCGAAGAGUUCAAACGCAAGGCUACCACUUUGAAAAGGAAAUUAGUAGAUAGUUUCAAGGAAGUUCAAGUCUGCAAGAAGAGGCAUAAUUCACUUUUGCAUCUACCCGUUCCUGAUAGCAAUACAUCCUCUUUGGAACAUGAAGAUACAACCGCAAUCAAGGCUCAUGUUGUGAAUCCACCAGAUUCUUCAUUAACAGCAACCCUGCCUGAACAAAGUCAAGUCUUGUUGGGUACAGUUGUUGCUGAAAUUCAGGAUGUUCAUGGCAACUUCACUCAAGUGAGACUCGUAGUGGACUCAGGUAGUCAGCACUCAUUCAUCACAAAGAAAUGUGCAAAUAAACUUGGCUUGAUAAUUAAAUCAUUCCCUCACAAAAUCAGUGCUAUUGGCCAGACAGUUUUUAAUGGCACUAAAGGCAAAGUACGCUGUCAACUUAAACCACGCAACUUGCAGUCACCUAUUGUCGAAACUGAAGCAAUAGUUGUAAACAACAUUACAUCUCACUUACCUAAUUUUGUCAUGCCCUCCAAUAUUUGGAAAAAUUACGCUACCUUUGACUUAGCUGACCCUAAGUUUUGGCAACCAGGUCCUGUAGAUUUUCUGCUGGGAUCAGAUUUGUUCUCAGAUAUUUGGGAUGGAUCCACCGUGACAGUACAAGACAACCAGCCAAGGCUCUUUUCUUCUAUAUUUGGUUAUAUAGUCAUAGGACGAGUUUCUGGAACUUGUUUAUUAUCCGUUGAUGGUAACAACUCCUUCUUCACUGUUAACAAUGAAGCUCAUGACUUGAGACAACAGAUCCAACGCUUUUGGGAACUUGAAGAGCCCCAUACUGACAUUAGUUUCACAAACCCUGAAGACGAAGCAUGUGAAGCUCAUUUCAAGAACACACACUUCAGGAUGGACGAUGGUCAAUAUGUUGUACGCCUACCUUUCAAGACGCCUAGUCCACAAUUAGGAAAUUUUGAAGGAACAUCACUGAAGAGAUUCUACAAUCUUGAAGGAAAACUUAUUAAAGACAAGAAUUUGAUGUCAGAGUAUUAUGAUUUCAUGAAAGACUAUCAAGAUCUGGGUCACAUGAAUGUCACAACUUCCCCUUCAAAGUAUGUCAUUUCUCACCACUGUGUGGUAAAAGAGGAUAGAGGCAAAACAAAAUUACGUGUUGUCUUUGACGCUUCUGCUCAGUCAUCGCCCUUUCCUUCUUUGAACAGCCAACUCAUGGUGGGUGCAAAGCUGCAACAAGACAUUAGGGACAUUCUUCUGAGAUUUCGUUUGCACCCAGUUGUCUUCGUGGCUGAUAUUGUCAAAAUGUAUCGGCAAAUUUUGGUUGACCCGCAGGACAGGUCCUACCAACACAUUUAUUGGAGAUUUAAUCCAGCAGACCCAAUAAAAAAGUAUGAAUUGUGCACUGUAACGUAUGGAUUGACUUCUGCACCCUUUCUAGCACUUAGAGUUAUGAAGCAACUCGCUUUAGACGAAGGCGAGAACCAUCCAAGAGCUGCUCAAGCUAUAUCGCAGGAUAUGUAUGUGGAUGAUAUAGUGACUGGCACAUCUUCACUGAAUGAAGCUUUGAAGCUUCAACAAGAAACUAUCCAAUUAUUAGAAAAAGGACACUUUUCACUAAGUAAAUGGGCAAGUAACCAAGAAGAACUUUUAAAAGUGGCCAAUUCAGGACAACAAGCAGACUCAGUCAACUUCUCUUCAAACGAAGACUCUAGUGUGAAUAUAUUAGGACUUCAUUGGGAUCCAACAAAUGAUGUCUUCAUUUUUAAGCUUCAGGACUUCUCUCCAGCAUCUACCAAGCGAUCUAUCCUAUCUACUGUUGCUAAAAUAUAUGACCCUUUAGGAUUCCUGGCACCAGUUACAUUUUUAGCCAAAGGGAUCAUGCAGGAGUUAUGGAAGCUUGGCUUGAAUUGGGAUGAAGAAAUACCCUUUCAUCUUAAAUCAGUUUGGGAAGAGUUCAUCAAACAGCUUAGGAAUUUGUCAGACCUCACCAUACCAAGACUUGUUGUACCCAACAAACCCCUUUCUUAUCAACUAGUGGGAUUUUCAGACGCAUCAGCACAAGGAUACUGUGCUACACUGUAUCUCAGAGUCGUCAGUGAGGACCAAAUAUCCACACACCUUCUCGUCGCUAAAACUAAAUUAGCACCAAUCAAAACUGUCUCUAUACCCCGUCUUGAAUUGUGUGGGGCACAUCUUUUAGCUAGACUUCAUUCUUCAGUAUCCAAGAUGUUUUCUCUAAAUACUGCAAUCAAGUUCGAAGAUCCAGUCUUCUUUACCGAUGCAUCAAUUGUAUUGAGUUGGCUCCAUAUGCCACUUUACAAGCUCAAGGUUUUCAUCUCAAAUAGAGUGUCACAAAUUACAGAGCUCACAUCGUUGUCAUGUUGGCGACAUGUACGUACAAGUGAGAAUCCAAGUGAUUGUGGAUCAAGGGGAUUGUCGGUCGACAAGCUCAAGAACAACAGUUUAUGGUGGCAUGGUCCCCAAUGGCUAUGUCAACAUGCAGAAGAAUGGCCGAAAUCAAAUGUGGACCUGACAUUACAAACUGAACUCCCAGACCUGAAGAUUGAACACACUACAUUGAUGUCUACUGACUCAGAACCUCUCAUCAUAACCUUCAUCUCAUCACAAUCAUCAUAUUACAAGAUCUUGACAGCAAUUGCUUGGUGGAAAAGAUUUAUAACUAAUGCAAUGGCAAAAAUAAAUUCUGGUCAAAUUCGCAUCGGUCCACUACACCCUUCUGAAAUGAGGGAAGCUUUAAUUUAUGUAGUGAAUAAGCUUCAGUCACACUACAUAUUUCAAGACAACACUUGCAACAAGGAAGAAAUAGCCAAUUCCAAGUUUUCCAACCUCUCUCCAUUCUUCGAUGAAAAUGGCACCCUUAGAGUUGGCGGAAGACUAAACAGAGCUUCACUUCCUUCCAAUCAACGACAUCCUAUUCUGCUGCCAAAGUGUCACUUCACUACUUUGCUUGUGGACUAUUAUCAUAAGCUGUAUUUACACCCAGGACCUGGUCUCUUGCAAGCAUUAAUUCAGCUUCGAUUCUGGAUACCUGCAUUACGAAGUCUCGUUCGUCAUCGCACAUUCAAGUGUUUGACUUGCUACAAAGACAAGGCAAAGAACCUCACACCCAGAAUGGCUGAUCUUCCUCCAUCAAGAGUAAAUCCGAGUAGAGCCUUUCUUCAUGUAGGUAUUGAUUUUGCUGGUCCAUUCCCCAUGAGAGAAUCUCAACGAAGGAAAGCGGCAGUCACUAAAGCCUACCUUUGUGUCUUUGUAUGUAUGGCUACCAAAGCCGUUCAUUUGGAAAUCGUCAGUGCGCUGAGUACAGAUGCAUUUCUGGCUGCUCUCAAUAGAUUUAUUGGUCGCAGGGGACUCCCCGAACAGUGUUACUCAGACUGUGGCACAAAUUUUCAGGGAGCUGCUAACAAGUUGAGAGAGUUUGGGUCUUGGUAUCGCCAACAGUCAACUCAAGAGGACAUACUUCAUCAAGCAACCAAAUUGGAAAUAAAGUGGAACUUUAAUCCUCCUUCAGCACCCCACUUCGGAGGUCUCUGGGAAGCUGCCGUGAAGUCAGCGAAGACACUUCUCCGAAGAGUGGCAGGUGACACACCACUCACAUAUGAGGAGCUCACAACUUGGUUUAUCAGAAUUGAAGCUGUUUUAAACUCCAGACCUUUAUGUCCGUUGUCAUCAUCUCCUGAAGAAACUGAGUUCCUAUCACCUGGCCAUUUUUUGAUUGGGACAUCACUCCUUGCCACCCCUGAACCGUCACUUUUAGAUACUAAAGUAUCAUCUUUAUCUCGUUGGCAAUUGCUACUAAGAAUGACUCAACACUUCUGGCAAAGAUGGAGGGUUGAAUACCUUACGUUCCUACAAAAGAGGAACAAAUGGACCAAGAACUAUGAGAAUGCAAAAGUAGGCGAUCUUGUCUUGCUAAAAGAGCCAAAUGCCCCUGUUCUUCAAUGGCCUUUGGCGAGAAUUACACACGUGCACCCAGGUGAAGACGGUAUUGUCAGAGUUUUGACAGUAAAGUGUGGACGUUCUGAGUUGAGAAGACCUGCAGUCAAAGUUGUUCCUCUCCUUCCCCUCCAUACCAGUCACUUUGAUUAA